GCCUUGUUUCAGUGUUGUGAAUCACCGUCUUUCCGUUUGAUUUCUGUUUUGACAUUCGAAAUAGAUUUUCCUUAAUUUUUCACUAAAAAGAAAAGCGCCCGGAAUGAAGACCACGCCAAAGAAGAAGGAGACAUCCCUACGCCUGCGGGAGUCGCGUCGCGAGGAGCAGAAGCCUCAGACGAGCCACCAGGCGCAGGACGAGGAUGCCGAUUCAGAUCUGCCCAUCCGGGGCCGUCCCUCGAAGAAGCUGCUGAUCCAGCAGCAACAGCAGCGCCAGUACCAGGUGAAGCUGGAGCCGAAUGUCAAGGCGGUCACGGCGGGGGCCACCGCGAAGCCCUCGUCCUCCUCGUCGGCCCUCGUCAUUGGAGCACGCAUCAAGGCCAGGCGAGUGCUCUACAAGAAGAGCGUCGGUUCUGGAUCUGUCCAGAAGGCUCCCGGCGAGUCCUAUGUGAUGCGCCUGUUCGAGCGGAGCCUGGACCUCUCUAAGUAUCAGGACGGCACUCCCCUGUACCCCAUUUGCCGAGCCUGGAUGGCCAAUCAACCGAGGAAUCCCGCCGUGGCCGCCUUUCAAACAGAUGGCUCAACUACGGCCCCCAAACGAGAGGACAACGGCGAGGAGAUACUCUCCAAAUUGAGAAGCGGGGAGAUGAAGAUGCUCACCGAGCUGCCGCAGCCCAAGCCCACGAAUCUGCCCAUCAUUCCGCCUCGCCUGGAGUUCAGCCAGGAGGACAAGAAGCGGGAGAAGGCUCUUGAGGGAGCCGAUGCCCUCGAACUGCUCUCCUCCAACGUGGCCCGCUGGAAGAAGGUGCGCGGCCACUGGCUAAAGCAUGCCCAGAAAUACGAACACGAUCGCUAUAAUCUAAUUGACCAGAUUAUGAACGUGGUCUGCAAGAAUUAAGGAUUGAAGGAAGACAGGGUAUGACGGGGGAUCGCACAAGGCUCGAUUCUGUAAACAUUGACUAGAAUAAAUGUUUAAAAGAUUAUUUUUAUACAUGAUAUAAAAUGUUCUUUUCAAACUUCAAAAUGUAAUAAAUAAAUUCAUUAAUUUGUGUAAUAAACUUUACUACUUAUUUA